UGAGACGUUCGCCAUCCAAUGCGUCUUUGAAAUCCACCUUCACCGCCCGUUUCCCCUCCAUAUUCUUCUUCUUCUCCUCCUCUUCCUCCUCCUCUCCCUCCCUCCACCGGAAGGGAAAGCUACGGCCAACCUACAAAUUCACUGCGCGCCCCUCUAGAUCAAAUCCCGCCACCGACCGCCGCGUACGUUCCGCGACCCGCAUGGCUCUUCACCUUCGCCUCCCCUUCCUCCUCCUCCUCCUCCUGGCCGCGGCCGCCGUGUCAUCCGCGGGCCACCUGGCAUCAGUCGCCUCCGUUGACUCCGGCGUCGGCCUUGCCCGCAUCGGCGACGCGGCCGCCACGCGCACGUGCGACGCGUUCACGGGCGAGUGCGGCGGCGAGGAAGAGGACGACGACGAGAUGGACGUAGAGGGAGAGGAGGACACCCGGAGAUUCCUCUACGGCUACGCCGGCGGCCGUCGGCCCAAAUUCAUAAGCUAUGCUGCCCUGAUGCGGAACCGCGUCCCCUGCGACCGCCGCGGCAACUCCUACUACAACUGCCAGAGGAGCGGGAAGGCCAACCCCUACCGCCGCGGCUGCACCAUCAUCACCCACUGCGCCAGGAUACUCCAUUGAUCC